UUGUCUGAUGCUGGGCGCCCAGGCUGUGGACAGUGGGAGCAAGAGAGCGAGAGAAGGAGUUGAGAGGUUAGUUUGAAAGGGUGCAGGGUGUGAAGCCACCAGGGGAGCGACGUGCAGCCGAGAACCUGUUGGCGACUGAACUUGGUUCUUCCCUAAGUGUUGAGAGGUCCCCAACCUGGGCUGGAACCUUGACUGGCACAGGACUGCUGAUACAUCCCAUGUGAAAAUCAAGGAAUGAGAUGAUUUCUCAGUACAAGAUGCAAUACUGGCUGAUUCCAGCUUUUUGGGCAGUUAUUCAUUUUUGCACCAUUGUCCAGGGGCAAGUGUCUCCACCCACUAGGUUAAGAUACAAUGUAAUAUCUCAUGAUAGUAUACAGAUUUCAUGGAAGGCUCCAAGAGGGAAAUUUGGUGGCUACAAACUUCUUGUGACUCCAGCUUCAGGUGGAAAGACCAACCAGUUGAAUCUCCAGAAUACUGCAACCAAAGCCAUUAUUCAAGGUCUUAUGCCAGACCAGAAUUACACUGUUCAAAUUAUUGCAUUCAAUAAAGACAAAGAAAGCAAGCCUGCCCAAGGUCAAUUCAGAAUUAAAGAUUUAGAAAAAAGAAAGGAUCCAAAACCCAGAGUCAAGGUUGUGGACAAAGAAAAUGGGACCAGACCAUCUUCACCAGAAGAAGUGAAGUUUUUCUGUGAAACUCCAGCUAUAGCUGAUAUUGUCAUUCUCGUUGAUGGUUCAUGGAGUAUUGGAAGAUUCAACUUCAGACUGGUCAGACUUUUCUUAGAAAAUCUGGUUACAGCAUUCAACGUGGGCUCAGAGAAGACUCGAAUUGGUCUGGCACAGUACAGUGGUGACCCCAGGAUAGAAUGGCACCUUAAUGCUUUUAGCACAAAAGAUGAAGUGAUUGAGGCUGUCCGAAAUCUACCGUACAAGGGAGGAAAUACACUAACUGGUCUUGCUUUGAACUACAUUUUUGAAAAUAGCUUUAAACCAGAAGCAGGAUCAAGGACUGGAGUAUCCAAAAUUGGGAUUUUAAUCACAGAUGGAAAGUCCCAAGAUGAUAUUAUUCCACCAUCCAGAAAUCUUCGUGACUCUGGUGUAGAACUGUUUGCCAUAGGGGUGAAAAAUGCAGAUGAGAAUGAACUGCAAGAAAUUGCUUCUGAACCAGAUAGCACUCAUGUGUACAACGUUGCCGAAUUUGACCUGAUGCAUACAGUUGUGGAGAGCCUGACAAGGACUGUAUGUUCCAGGGUGGAAGAACAGGACCAGGAGAUCAAAGCCUCAGCUCUUGCCACUAUUGGGCCUCCCACAGAGUUGAUGACUUCUGAAGUCACUGCCAGAAGCUUUAUGGUUAACUGGACCCAUGCCCCAGGAAAAGUGCAAAAGUACAGAGUCGUCUACUACCCUACCAGGGGUGGAAAACCAAAUGAGGUGGUAGUAGAUGGAAGUGAGUCUUCCACAGUGCUGAAGAAUUUGAUGUCAUUAACUGAAUACCAGAUAGCAGUCUUUGCGAUAUAUCCCCACACUGCUAGUGAAGGCCUACGGGGAACUGAAACUACACUGGCUUUACCCAUGGCUUCCAACCUUGAACUAUAUGAUGUAACAGAAAACAGUCUAAAGGCCAAAUGGAAUCCAGUGGCUGGAGCCUCUGGAUACCUGAUUCUUUAUGCUCCUCUAACAGAGGGUCUAGCUGGGGACGAAAAGGAGAUGAAAAUUGGAGAGACCCACACAAAUAUUGAAUUGAGUGGUUUGUUGCCCAAUACGGAAUACACAGUUACAAUUUAUGCUAUGUUUGGAGAAGAGGCCAGUGAUCCUGUUACAAGUCAAGAAACAACAUUGCCCUUAAGUCCACCAAGAAACCUGAGGAUAUCCAAUGUUGGCUCUAACAGUGCCCGGUUAGCCUGGGACCCAACUUCAAAGAAGAUCAGUGGUUAUCGGAUUGUAUAUAACAAUGAGGAUGGGACUGAAGUAAAUGAGGUUGAGGUUGAUCCUAUUACUACAUUCCCUCUGAAAGGCCUGACCCCCCUCACAGAGUAUACUGUUGCCAUUUUCUCCAUCUAUGAUGAAGGACAGUCAGAACCUCUGACUGGCAUGUUUACCACAGAGGAAGUUCCAGCCCAGCAAUAUUUGGAAAUUGAUGAGGUGAAGACAGAUGGUUUUAGAGUGUCCUGGCAUCCUCUCUCUGCUGACGAAGGGCAGCACAAGUUAAUGUGGAUUCCAGUCUAUGGCGGGAAUACCGAAGAGAUUAUCCUGAAAGAAGACCAAGAUUCCUAUACUAUUGAAGGUCUGGAUCCUGGCACCGAAUAUGAAGUUUCACUGUUAGCUGUUCUGGAUGAUGGAAGUGAAAGUGAGGUGGUGACUGCUGUUGGGACCACUCUUGACAGUGUUUGGACAGAAUCACCCACAAUGAUCACACCCACAACCACACAACCUGUGACUUCAGUUUCCCGGACAGGAAUCAGAAACCUGGUUGUAGAUGAUGAGACAACUUCUAGCCUGCGGGUAAAAUGGGACAUUUCAGACAGCAGUGUGCAGCAUUACAGGGUGACCUACCUGACUGCUGAAGGCGACCCUGCGGAAGAAGUGGUAGGAACGGUUAUGGUUCCUGGAAAUGAGAACAAUCUCCUUCUGAAGUCAUUGCUUCCCAAUACUGAAUACAAGGUCACAGUAACACCUAUCUACAAUGACGGAGAAGGGGUCAGUGUUUCUGCUCCUGGGAAGACCUUAUCAUCCUCUGGCCCCCAAAACUUGCGAGUGUCAGAAGAAUGGUAUAAUAGACUGCGUAUUACCUGGGAUCCCCCAGCUGCCCCUGUCAAGGGCUAUAGGAUUGUUUACAGGCCUGUUAGUGUUUCAGGGCCAACGCUGGAAACCUUUGUGGGAGCUGACAUUAACACCAUUCUUAUCACAAACCUCCUGAGUGGAAUGGACUACAAUGUGAAAAUAUUUGCCUCCCAGGCCUCAGGCUUCAGCGAUGCCCUGACAGGCGUGGUGAAAACAAUGUUUUUGGGUGUGACUAAUCUUCAAGCAGACCAAAUCCAAAUGACCAGUUUGUGUGCUCAGUGGCAGGUACACCGUCAUGCCACUGCCUACAGAAUAAUUAUAGAAUCUCUCCAAGAUACAGAAAGCCAAGAAUCCACUGUUGGUGGAGGGACAAAUAGACACUGUUUUUAUGGACUGCAGCCUGAUUCAGAAUAUAAAAUCAGUAUAUAUACAAAGCUCCAGGAGAUUGAGGGACCCAGUGUGAGCAUAAUGGAAAAAACACAAUCACUUCCUACUCAACCACCUACUUUUCCUCCCACUAUUCCACCAGCAAAAGAAGUAUGUAAAGCUGCCAAGGCAGACCUGGUGUUUAUGGUGGAUGGAUCUUGGAGUAUUGGAGAUGACAACUUCAAUAAGAUCAUUAACUUCCUAUAUAGCACUGUUGGAGCCUUGGACAAAAUUGGUGCUGAUGGAACUCAAGUUGCAAUGGUUCAGUUCACUGACGACCCCAGGACAGAAUUUAAGCUAAAUGCUUACAAAAACAAAGAGACGCUUCUUGAUGCAAUUAAACAUAUUUCAUAUAAAGGAGGAAAUACAAAAACAGGAAGAGCAAUCAAACAUGUUCGAGAUACCUUGUUCACUCCAGAGUCUGGUACCAGAAGAGGCAUCCCCAAAGUUAUUGUGGUGAUAACUGAUGGGAGGUCACAAGAUGAUGUGAACAAAAUCUCCAGAGAGAUGCAAUCAGAUGGCUAUAGCAUUUUUGUAAUUGGUGUGGCUGAUGCAGAUUAUUCGGAGUUGGUUAGCAUUGGCAGUAAGCCCAGUGCACGCCAUGUCUUCUUUGUGGAUGACUUUGACGCCUUUAAGAAAAUUGAAGAUGAGUUGAUUACUUUUGUCUGUGAAACUGCAUCAGCAACCUGUCCAUUGGUGCACAUGGAUGGACUUGAUCUUGCAGGAUUUAAGAUGAUGGAGAUGUUUGGUUUGGUUGAAAAGGACUUUUCAUCAGUGGAAGGGGUUUCUAUGGAGCCUGGCACCUUCAAUGUAUAUUCUUGUUACAGACUUCACAAAGAUGCUCUAGUUUCCCAGCCAACCAAGUACCUGCAUCCAGAAGGAUUGCCCUCUGACUAUACAAUCAGUUUUCUAUUCCGAAUUCUUCCUGAUACUCCAGAGGAGCCAUUUGCCCUCUGGGAGAUUUUAAAUAAAAAUUCUGACCCAAUGGUUGGAGUCAUUUUAGAUAAUGGUGGAAAAACCCUAACAUAUUUCAACUAUGAUUACACUGGAGAUUUUCAAACUGCUACUUUUGAAGGGCCUGAAAUCCAGAAAAUUUUCUAUGGAAGCUUUCACAAGCUACAUAUUGUCAUCAGCAAGACAAUGGCCAAAGUUGUUAUUGACUGCAAGCAAGUGGGUGAAAAGGCAAUAAAUGCAUCAGCGAAUAUCACAUCAGAUGGUGUAGAAGUCCUGGGGAGAAUGGUUAGAUCAAGAGGACCAAAUGGAAACUCUGCACCGUUCCAGUUACAGAUGUUUGACAUUGUUUGUUCCACAUCAUGGGCCUACAAAGACAAAUGCUGUGAACUUCCAGGCCUGAGGGAUGAAGAAACCUGUCCAGAGCUUCCACAUUCCUGUUCCUGUUCUGAAACCAGUAAAGGGGUUUUGGGACCAGCAGGCCCACCAGGUGGUCCAGGACUCCGGGGACCGAAGGGCCAACAAGGUGAACAGGGUCCAAAGGGACCAGAAGGCCCUCGUGGUGCAAUAGGUUCUCCAGGACCUCAAGGUCCUCCUGGGCCCCAAGGGCCAAGUGGACUAUCUAUUCAAGGAAUGCCAGGGAUGCCAGGUAAAAAAGGAGAUAAAGGAGAGACUGGUCUUCCUGGUCCACAGGGUGUCCCAGGUGGUGUUGGUUCACCAGGACGUGAUGGCUUACCAGGCCAGAGGGGCUUUCCUGGAAAGGAAGGAUCCUCUGGCCCUCCAGGACCACCAGGGCCAAUUGGCAUUCCUGGAGCCCCUGGAGUCCCUGGAAUCACAGGAAGUGUGGGACCUCAAGGCUCCUUAGGACCACCUGGUAUUCCUGGACCCAAAGGAGAAAGAGGAGAACGAGGUGACCUGCAGUCUCAAGCCAUGGUGAGAGCAGUGGCGCGGCAGGUGUGCGAGCAGCUCAUUCAGAGUCACAUGGCCAGGUACACAGCCAUCCUCAAUCAGAUUCCCAGCCACUCCUCAUCAAUCCGGACCAUUCAAGGACCUCCUGGGGAGCCUGGAAGACCAGGCACCCCUGGGACUCCUGGAGAACAAGGACCUCCAGGUACUCCAGGCUUUCCAGGAAAUGCAGGUGUGCCAGGGGCCCCAGGAGAUCGAGGUCUAACUGGUGUCAAGGGAGAAAAAGGAAAUCCCGGCAUUGGAUCCCAAGGUCCAAGAGGCCCCCCAGGGCCAGCAGGGCCUUCAGGGGAGAGUCGGCCAGGAAGCCCAGGACCCCCUGGUUCUCCUGGGCCAAGGGGUCCACCUGGUCACCUAGGAGUGCCUGGACCCCAAGGUCCUUCCGGACAACCUGGAUACUGCGACCCUUCUUCAUGUUCCUCAUAUGGAGUGGGAGCUCCCCAUCCUGAUCAGCCGGAAUUCACCCCUGUUCAAGACGAGUUGGAAGCCAUGGAACUGUGGGGAGUCUGAGAUUGAAAGCCUCAGGAGAAUUUGGAAAACUAACUGCAGAAACUCUCAAGGCACCUUAUGGAAGAAGAAUGUCAUUAUGUGUUUUAUAUGUGACUUUUAAGGGGCUUACUUCAUCCACCUACAAGUUUUCCUUGGAUAAAGUUAAUACUGUUGUCAUUAAUUGAAUUAUAAAUUAAAGAAAAAAAAACUUCCCUCAUCUGUGACACCUUAAGAUUGAUUUUUCUUUAUCAUUGUAAUAUCAUGCCAAAAAUUUGUUUUGUCAAAGAAGAGAGUUUCACAAAAAAUUGACAAAAAUACUGUACUCAAAUCUUUUCUAUAUUAAGUGAUCUCAAGUCUUAACAUGCAGUAAGAUGGAUAUAAUUGUAUUUGAGGAAAAUGAUGUCAGAGAAAAACAGAAAUUCAGAGAGAUUAACAUGUUAUGCCAUUCAUCUGUAGCCUCUUAGUCUUUUGAGAAGAAAAAGGGAAGUUACUGGGCAGACUACCUCUUGUUUAAGUGCCGUGUCCAACUCUGCCAUUUAUUGGUUUCACUGACAACCAAGCAUACAGCUUAGAUAUUCUUUCUGAAUCUGGUGAUUUUAAAAACAGACUUAGUGAUUGAAUAUGCUUUUAUAUGGACAAUGAUUGUUUUCCACUAGUUCUGAUGCAAAGAACCAGUUUAGCCAACAGUAUUCCAAGGACUGCCCUCUUUGUGUACAUGGAUAAUUUGUAUAUAUACAUCUAAGAUUUUUCAGACAUUUCUAUUGUCUUUUGUAAGCAAAUAAAAAUUUUAAAUGAUG